GAUAAGAGUGCAGUCAGGGAGAGGGAGAGGGAGAGCGAGGGUGGCUUCUUGACAAAAGCCCUUCAAGUCAAGACAAGACCCCUACUCUACUAUACCACCUUCUUCCUCCUCCCUCUCUCUCUUUCUUCUCUCCCUUUCUCUCUUUCUCUCUUCACAGUUCAAGAGAGAGACCAAAACAAAUUAAAGCAGGCAAGAAGGGACAAGAUCCUCUCAACUGUGGGAUUAGCAAGCGGUACACACGCGCCCCACAAGGCAGGCGAAACAGAGUGUCUGUCAGUCAGAUGCAUCAAGACAAGAAGUUGCAGGGUGCGUGAAGAGCAAGAAGAACACAGGACAGGAGAAAGAAAGAAAGAAAGAAAGAAACGGUCAAGCCGCCUGCUCUGCUCUGCUCAAGCCGGUCUCUUUUGUGCUGUAAAACCCAGUGCCCUGAAGCAAGGCAGCCAGGAGCGCAAAGAGUCUCUCUACUGGGAGUGGGAGGUCGAGGCAGCAAGAGUUUCGGCUUGGAGGUCGAGGAUGGAGGAGGCCAGCAGCAGUUCAGGCCAUCCGAGGCACAGGGGUCCUCCUCCUCAUCAUGUGCUUGGCUAUGGCGGCUUCCAUGCCGCCAUGGCCAUGCCAACCAACUCCAUGCCUCCCGCAGCCUUCUUCAGCGAGCAAGACGGAGGAGGAGGCAGCGGCGGCGCCUACUUCGGGGAGCUGGAGGAGGCCCUCAUGCACCAGGUCGCCACGCUCAGCAGCAGCGGCGGCAGGAUGAUUUCGCAUUCCCAUUCCCAGCAACAAACUGCAACGGCCACCUCCACGGAUCAUCCUCAUCGCCACCACCACCACCACCAUGGACACAACCACGCCAUGCCCUUCCCCAGUACGGUGGCUGAUACUGCUACAGCGGCAGCGGCAGCAGCUAGGCCGCCUCCCACACUGGACAUCUUCCCCUCCUGGCCGCUCGCUCUCCAUCACCACCACACACCCAAGCAGGAGGGUUCAAAUGUGACAGCAGACAGCACAGACUCAGAGAGCAGCAGCAAGAACAACAUCAACAUGGACUCAUCGGAUCAUCACCAGCAGCAACAGCAACAGCAGCAAGGGAUGGUAGGAUUAGUCACCGUGGCAGGCCAGUUCCAUCAGAUUUCACAGCAGCAGCACCACCAGCACCAGCAGCAGCAGAAGAUGGCAACAAGUUCCACUCACAGUGACAGGACUGGCAAGGCGCUUGAUCCAAAGACGACGAGGAGGCUAGCGCAGAAUCGAGAGGCUGCAAGAAAAAGCAGGCUUCGGAAGAAGGCUUACAUUCAGCAGCUUGAGAGUGGCAAGCUGAAGCUUGCUCAACUGGAACAGGAUCUCCAGCGGGCUCGUUCUCAGGGACUCUUGGUUGGAGGAGCUCCAGGUGGAAACUCCAGCCCUGGUGCUGCUAUGUUCGAUGUCGAGUACAACAGGUGGCUGGACGACGACAGCAGGCGCAUGAUUGAGCUCCGGGGAGGCCUGCACGCGCACUUGCCGGAUGGUGACCUCAGGGCCAUCAUCGACGACACCUUGACCCACUACGAUGAGCUCUUUCGCCUCAAGAGUGCCGCUGCCAGGGCGGACGUCUUUCAUCUCAUCACUGGGAUGUGGGCGACCCCAGCCGAGCGCUGCUUCCUUUGGAUGGGCGGCUUCCGGCCCUCUGAUCUGCUCAAGACACUGGCACCUCAGCUUGAUCCCUUGACUGAACAGCAAAUGGUUGGCAUCUGCAGCCUUGAGCAGUCAUUGCAGCAGGCAGAAGAAGCUCUCACCCAGGGCCUGGAGCAGCUCCAUCAGUCAUUAGCAAUCACGGUGGCAGGCAGCGGGUCUCUUAGCGACGAUACCAACCUGGGGAGCUUCAUGGGCGACAUGGCCGUUGCUCUCGGCAAGCUGGCUAGCCUUGAAGGCUUUGUCAUACAGGCUGAUAACUUGAGGCAGCAGACUCUUCACCAGAUGCACAGGAUUCUGACAGUUAGGCAGGCAGCUCGAUGUUUCUUGGCUAUUGGCGAGUACCAUAACCGCCUCCGUGCCCUAAGCUCCCUCUGGGCUUCUCGCCCUCGAGAGAUACUGAUGACAGAUGAAGGCAAUUGUGGAGAGCUAAGCAUUGCAGCACAUCCAGCUGAAAGCCAAUAUUCAGCCUACUGAUUCAAAUGUAUCUUGGAACUAACCUUCAAAGUAGGAGCAUAAGCAAAACAACUGGGAAGAAAUUUUUUGGAUGUAAUGUAGCAGAUAUGUGAGAAACAGAGAGCUGGGAAACAAAGGAAGCUCCAGAAAUGGGAGAACUUGUCAGAAUGCGUACAACUGUCAUCAGAUUUUCUUGAGUCAAAUGGUUUAAUGUAUCCUGGAGUGAGAACAAAUGGAGGACACCCAGAGUUCAUUAUUGUCAAUUUGUGUUAUUUUC